CUGCAAUUCAGCCAAUAUCGAACGGCAUUUGCGAUUUCAAAAACUCAAAGAGGGGGAAGCCACGGCGGAAGGACGACGAACAUGCAGCGUGAAGAAAUGAAUGAGGAACAAAACCCCAACUUGCAUCUCCAGCAGUUGCAACUGCAGCAACAGCAGCUCCAACAGCAGCAGAUGCAGCUGCACGCGUUCUGGCAGUCGCAAAUCCACGAGAUCUCUCAGAUCGACCCGGAAGUGCAAGACUUCAAGACACAUCAGCUCCCCCUUGCGCGCAUCAAGAAGAUCAUGAAGUCCGACGAAGACGUCCGCAUGAUCAGUGCGGAGGCGCCGGUGUUGUUCGCCAAGGCAUGUGAGAUGUUCAUCUUGGAACUGAGUUUGCGCGCGUGGAUCCACACCGAAGAGAACAAGCGGCGCACGUUACAACGCAACGACAUCGCUAUGGCGAUCACCAAGACGGACACGUUCGACUUCCUCAUCGACAUUGUGCCGCGCGAGGACAUCAAGCUGCCUGGCAAGAAAGAAGGGUCGAUGGACCCGCAAAUGGUGUACCAGCAGCAGUUGCAACAGCAGCAAGCGGCGAUGCUCCACCAGUUCAUGCAGUCGCAAGCCGGCGCGAACCCGUCAAUCUGGCCCCCACAGCAGUUGCAGAUGAUGCAGCAUUACCAGCAGCAGCUCCAAGGCAUGCAGCCGGCGGCCGCGGAAGCGUCGCAGCAGCAAGCGGGGCAACAGCAGCAGCAGCAGGCGCAGAACCAAUCGCGCGGCGUGGACGUUUAAAGGACCCGCUUCCAUCGAUACCAGAUCCAAUCAAUGAUGCUGGUUGCAUAGCUUUGUGUGUGUCUAUCUUACUUGUCGAGCGCGGGUGCAUGUUAAUAGCUAAUUCUCACAUCUAUUCGAAACCAUGUCCAAGUAUAAUACAAACUCCAGUACGAGAAGC